AUGUUGAGUAUCUCAUAUUCGUUGUUGAAGCUGAGCAGCCUAAACUUAGUGCUUUUGAAUGAAGAGUAUAAUCUUGUUGAGGCUGAAGAGUUUGGUCUUGCUGAGGCUGAAGAACCAGGUCUUGCCGAAGCUGAAGAGCCUAACAAUGUUGAGGCUGAAGAGUCUGGUCUUACCGAUGCUGAAGAGCCUAACAAUGUUGAGGUUGAAGAACCUAUUCUUACCGAUGUUGAAAUCUUACUAAGACUGAGGCUAAGACAGAAGAGCAUAGUCUUGUUGAGGCUGAAGAGCCUAAGGCUAAGGCUAAAGAGCCAAGAUGACCAUCUUAGAAGCCUCUACAUUCAAAUAGACUGUUGCAGUGCUUGA